AGUGAUUACGCCGCCCACGACGACGACGACGACGUCGACGUCGACCCCCGCCGGGCCUCACUCUCAUUCUCGGCUUCGCUCGGCAGCCCGCUUCACGACCGGCGGACGGGGCAGUGCGCGCCGCCCGUGUCGUUGCAAUCCCCUGUAGUUUCCACUACUACUGCAAGACAACCCACGACGUCUACGCAAUCCUACAUAACCCCCCCUCCUUCCUCCAUCAGCAUCUUGCUUCGACUUCUCCUACAACAACAUCUUCACAUUCCUUCCGACCCUCUCACAACGCCCGACCCGCAGCCACCAACGCCCAGCGCGGAACGACCUCCCUUCCUCCCCAUUGUUAUCCCCAGCAGCCACACGCCCAUUUCGUCUAGUCGCAUCCAACGCCCUCCCUCGCCCUCCCCCCAAAUAUAUCGCCCUCGCGACCAUCAUCGCCCCCUUCCCUCCCUCUCUCACACACGCGUCGCCAUCACCACGCCCUUGGUCUCCUCCCUCCCACUAACCACCAACAACAACCAUGGCACUCACCGCGACACAGCGGUCACCUUCGCACGACCACGGCAUCGGCGACGAGCCGAUCGAUACGGCCGUAAUCACUACCCCGAACGGCAGCAUUCAUAUCAAGCCCUUUGUCGCGGCCGGAAAACCAGAGUUCCGCGCCGUCCUCACCUUUGCACCAAGGCACUCGUCCUUUGACCGCGAAAACGUCAAGAGCCAGCGCGACGAAUUCCGCGGCUUCUUCACAUUGUUCUGGAUUGGCCUCGCCCUCGUCUUCAUCCGAACGGCACUACAGUCGUGGGAGGAGAACCGCACGCUCCUCUCGCCCACAUUUGGCCGGUUAAUCACGCGCGAUGCCUUCGUUCUGGCCUUCGCCGACGGCAUCAUGGUCACGUCCAUGUUGCUCUGCGUCCCCUUUGUUCAGUGCCUCCAGCGUGGCUACUUCCGCUACACCUGGACCGGCCUGAUCAUCCAGCACACCUUCCAGGCCAUCUUCCUCGCCGUUGCUAUUGCCUGGGGCUAUGCCAGGGACUGGUACUGGGUGCAGGCUGGUUUCCUCGUCCUGCACGCAAUGUCCUCGCUCAUGAAGAUGCACUCGUACAUGUCGCACAACGGCAUGCUCUCGGAGGUCUAUUUCCGACUCAAGUCGGAGAAGGAGGCGCUCGAGCACUACCUUGGCACCCUGCCCGGCGGCCGGGAGGCCGUGCUCGCCGAAGCGAGGGAGCACCAGGAGAAGCUCGAGGAGAUUGAGGCUCUCGCCCCGGAGAUCAGCGUGCCCGUUACCCCGGAGCGCAGCACGACACCUCAGAGCGAGAGCGAAUCGCUGCAGAAGGCUGCUACGAUCCUGAACGCCCGUCUUGUCGCCGAGCCCGAAGCCACUGUCCGCCGCCGCAAAAUCUCAUCGCAGCCCGCUACCGAUGCUCUCCCCGCCCCUCAGAAGGGCCUUCCCCUCGGUACAUCAUUAGAGCUCGCCGCCCACCCCGGUACCCGCCACGCCAAGCGCAAGCCCAACCCCCUCGCAUGGAGCCCCGACCCAAGAGUCGCUCUCCUCGCGCGCAACAUUGAUGCGAUGGAGGACGAGCUCAGAUCCAACGGUGAAAGGGGCCUUGUUUGGCCCGAGAACGUCACCUACAAGCACUUUGUCGAGUUCAUGUUCUUCCCCACGCUCGUCUACGAGCUCGAGUACCCGCGUACCAACACGAUGCGCCCGCUCUACAUUCUCGAGAAGGUCCUCGCGACAUUCGGUACCUUCUCGCUCAUCUACACGGUCACCGAGCACUACAUCAUGCCCUACACGCCCAAGCCUGGCGACUCGCUCUUCCACGCCUUUGCUCAGCUCGCCCUGCCGAUGAUGGUCAACUUCCUGCUCAUCUUCUACAUCAUCUUCGAGUGUGUUUGCGCCGGCUUUGCCGAGCUCUCGUACUUUGCCGACCGCGAGUUCUACCAGGACUGGUGGAACUCGACUGGAUGGGACCAGUUCUCGCGCAAGUGGAACAAGCCUGUGCACACCUUCCUCCUCCGCCACGUCUACCAGUCGAGUAUGGCAGGUCUCGGCAUGUCGCGCUGGGGCGCCACGCUCUUCACGUUCCUGCUCUCGGCACUAUGCCACGAGCUAGUCAUGGCUGUCGUGUCCAAGAAGAUCCGCCCGUACUUGUUCCUCCUUCAGAUGGUCCAGCUUCCGCUCAUCGCCAUCAGCCGCAUCCCCGCCAUCAAGCGCAACAGAACAUGGGGCAACAUUGUGUUCUGGGCCGGCCUGAUGCUCGGUUUCCCAAUGCUCGAGAUCUGCUACCUUGUGUUCUGAUCUCGCGUCCGUCUCGACGUAGCCUCGUGUUCCGGCCCGACUCUUCCGCAUCGCGCUCGACGCAACCACUCGCAUUCCAUUGACAUUUUCAUUCCACUCGCAUGCCAUUAUAACACAUACAUUCUUCAUAUCCACAGUACCAACUGCCUGCCCAUUCGCGUGGGCUCGUUCUUGUCUCUCUCAAUCUCUCUCUAUGUGUUUCCUAGGUACUACGGGGGUGACCUGUUACCCUUUUGCAUGUGAUUCGAUACAGCUUG